AUGCAAAAGGCAAUGAAAAGCGCAGAAUAUAUAAAAGCUAACAAUGACUGGUUAGAUGCCCAAGCCAACGCUAAAGCAGCCCAACUUAUAGGGUCAAUAAGGACAAAAAUACAAGCGGAUGAAGACAGUUCAAAUGAAGCUUUAACAAAUGCUGACUUUAAGAACGCCUUCGAAGCUCUUCAUAGUAAGGUGAAACAAGUGAACGACUUCUCAUCUGGAAAGAAACUGAAGUCUGAAGGUUUCGACAAAGAGUUAAGAGAAGUAGCACAAAAUAUGACGAAAAUAACAGAUGCAGCAACGAGACAGGCAGUUCAAAGUGCCUAUGACGCCGUUAGAGCAACUGUUGUGGAAAGUCAAGAAAAAGAGUUACAACAGACCAAAACAGACCUAGUAAAUGCUUUCUUAAAAACGAAAAGUCAGGUAGGACAUUAUGCUGCAGAUGGAACAUAUGUGCCAGCUGGUGGAACUUAUAUACCAGCUGGUGGAACUUAUAUACUAGCUAGUGGAACUUAUAUACCACCAAACCCUCCAAGAGAAGCACCUGCACCAGGACUACCUAAAACAUUUACAUCGUCACAUGGACACAGACACAGGCAUGCACCAAAACCAACACAACAACCAACACAACAACCAACAGUUCAAAACACUGCACCACAACCAACAGUUCAAAACACUGCACCACAACCAACAGUUCAAAACACUGCACAGCAACAACCAGCACAGCAACCAACAGUUCAAAACACUGCACAGCAACAACCACAAACAGAGCAAGGACAUAAAAGAAGUAGAGAACAAGGAAACCAAGAAUUCUUAAAAAUGCUUAAAGAAGACUAUGGUUACCCAGAUACUAUUGACUUUAGUGACAGAUAUAAAGAAGCUAUUCGAAAGUUCAAGGAAGGAAAUACUGACCCGAACCUAUUUAGCUUUAUGGUUCAGCACCAAAUGGGAUAUAAUUUCAAACCUGGAAAAUACAAGCUCGCUAAGGGAUAUGAUUUAAUAGCAUAUCAAAAUGACAUGAACGAAUUUACUCCGAGAUAUUUGGUGUCAGAGAUAAAUGAUGAUUCAACUAUCUUCAUGAAACGCGUAAAAAAUAGAGACGGAACGAAAGAACAAAGGCUUAUGAAUGCGGAUGACUUAAAUAGGGAACUUGUUAAAAACGGUCUCGGAAUAUAUGAAAUGCCAGCAGAUGAGGUACAAGAAACUCCACAGGAAGAAGUUCAGAUACAACCAGACAUGGAAGAAAUAGUUCAGCAACAACAGCUAGAAGAGCCUGAAGGAAACGAACAAGUCCCUCCUUUGGAAACUAACUUCACAGAACUAGAUGAAGAUUUGGAACAGCCGAAAA